AUGCCAAGGCCAAGCAGGCCGAUGGCGUUGGCAGGAACAGAGAGAGCCUUGACUGUGAAGAAGCAGAGUGAUGAGGGAAAUGGGAAAAGACAGGGCAUCUUGGAUGCGAGGGCAAAGCUAGGCGAUGAAAUUAGUGGGAAGCAAGAGGAGGGGCAUGACCUGAGACUGGUGAAUGAGAUUAGUUCCAAGAAUUUUGUUGCUGGUCUUACUGGUUCAGGGGAGGUUUCUGCCAAAGCAUUUUCUGCUACCCAGAGUGACUGUGAUGGAGGCAGCAGUUCUGUUAUUCCUGUGUUUACCGUGCACGUUGUAGACUCAGAUGAUGUUUGUUCGGGAGUGAAAGAACAUCAAAAGAAGCCUGAGGAGUUUAAUAAGCAAGGAGAGAAGGGGAAAUUGGCUGACAAGAUUAGAGUUUUUGAGAAAGCAGCAACAAGUGGGGAGGGAAAAUUGGUGAAAACUUUGUGCAGUGUGAACAAGUACCCAAGCAAGCUGCAUGAGAAGCUGGCUGCGCUGGAAGGGAGGGUUCAGAAGAUUGCCACCGAUAUCAAGAAGACCAAGGAGAUGCUGGACGACAACAACCCAGAUGAGCCAAAGCAGAUAUUGUCAAAUAUCCAGAAAGAGAUUAAUGCAAUUGAGCAGGCGAUUUCUCAUGUCAAAGUUGAUAACAAGAGUCAGUUAGGUACUGAAGAGAACAGUGACUGUGAGAUUUCUCAUGCUAAGAAGGGUGUGAGUGAGAAAUCUGCUGUCGUGAAGCCACGCGACCUGAAGAAUGCUGGAAAAGGAAUGAAUACUGAUGAACUGGAGGCAAGGUUUUUCCCACAUCAUAAACUAUUGAGGGAUCGUAAGGCUUCUGCUACUCAACAGGAGUCGUGCGUGGCUCUGAUAAAAGGCUGUAAUGGAAAAAUGGAACCUGGUACCCUUGAGCCCCGUGAUGACGAGAACAGUAUAGCCAUGGAAUUUCUGGCUUCUUUAGAUGGUGAAGAGAGUGACUUCUUCAAGGAUCGCAGAGCUAAGAACUUGGAAAAGCAAAUGAUUUGUGAAGCAGCAGAUGCUAGUGGCAAGACGUCUAGCCAAGGUAGCUCAAAGAUUCCAGAUGGUUCAACUAAUGAAGUGGAAAUGGAAUUGUGUGGUGAGAACCUAGAAGAGUUUGAUGAGCAGGAAAACAAGUCAUCAAUGGCGAUACAGGAGGAAACCGAGGAGUCUUCCAUUGAUCAAUUAUCAGGGAUAGGAAAUAAGUCUGCAACAGGUGGAUGGUUUGUUUCAGAGGGGGAAGCUGUUCUUCUUGCUCAUGGAGAUGGCACCUGCUCUUAUUAUGAUAUUGCAAACCAUGAGUUCAAGUCUGAAUAUAAACCUCCUAGUGUGGUGUCACAUAAUACUUGGGGUGAUUGCUGGUUGAUCCGUGCCCCAGGUGUAGAUGGAUGCUCUGGUAGAUAUGUGGUCGCAGCAUCUGCUGGUAAUGCAUUGGAACCUGGGUUUUGCAGCUGGGAUUACUACAAUAGAGAAGUGCAAGCAUUUCAUGUCGAGGAGGAGGCAUCUCUUGCUCCUGUACCAUCAGCCAGGACAGUUCUUGGGCCUCUUCCUAAUAUAGGUUCAUCAAGAUCUAGUUCUGCUAUUUCAACCAUAGAACGGCCGCAAUGGUGGUACAGACCAUGCGGACCUCUCCUCCUUUCUACUGCUAGCAAGCAGAAGAUGGUCACGGCUUAUGACAUCCGCGAUGGCGAUGUGGUGAUGAAAUGGGAAGUAAGCAGUCCAGUACUCGGAAUGGAGUACUCCAGCCCACUACAGUGGCGUAGCAGGGGGAAGGUCGUUAUUGCUGGGACCGAAUCAAUUGGGUUGUGGGAUGUGAAUUCGCUUAACCCACAACCCCUAUUAUCUGUUGCUUCUGCUGGUAAAAGAGUUUACUGCCUUCAUGUUAACAACACAGAUGCUGAGGUGGGCGGAGGAGUUCGUCAAAGAGUUAGUUCAUCCGAGGUGGAGGGAAAUGAUGGUGUUUUCACUACACAAGAAAGUGUUAAUGUAUUUGACUUCCGUGUACCUUCUGGCAUCGGUCUUAAAAUGGCAAGAAACGGUGGAACGGCGAACUCGGUCUUCUCACGCGGAGACUCAGUAUUUAUUGGUAGCACAGAAGGCAGGUUGCAAAUAAAAGGGGGGCCGAAAUCACGAGUUCAGCAGUAUUCACUGAAAAAGGGGAGGCUUGUGGCAACCUAUGAAUUACCGGAGUUCAAUGCCCACUUCCAUCACUCUUCAAUAACCCAAGUGUGGGGCAAUUCCAAUGUUGUCUUGGCUUCAUGCGGUAUGGGCUUGUUCGCUUUUGACACCUUCAAUGAAGAAGGCGUCCAACAAACUUACAGCUUUGACCGUGGAAACACCAUUGGAGCAAGAGAGGUUAUUGGCUCUGAUGAUUUGUACUGCCCUACAUUUGAUUACUCAUCAUCGAGGGUUCUUCUGGUCUCGAAAGACCGCCCAGCCCAUUGGAGAAUGGUGAGAACACGAUGUUGCGCAUGA